AGUGAAUCGAUAUAUCACGAGCAUAAGGAUCGAUCCGCGCUCCGGAGCACGGAACUCGCUCAAUCAAGCCCGAGCGCGGUUCAAGAGUUGUGGUGGCGGCGGUGGCGGUGUGAGAGCCUCAGGAAAGAGACCCGGCCAAGGGGGAUCGCAGGGGCACGAGGGCUACUCGGGGAGACACCGCAGAGUAUGCCGCCCGGCAGGCGCCGUGAGACGUGACAGACAGCAACCAUGUCAGGCUGGACUGGUGGUGAGGAAGAGCUCAUAAUGAGCCUGUCCGCUGUGCUCCGGGACACUGGUGAUUCGGUGCUGAAUGGACACAGACAGCUCGUGCUGAGCACCACCCGAUUGCAGAACCUCAACUGCCUCCUCCAGCAGCUGCUGCAUCCACGCCCACUCCGUAUGCACGGCUUCCUGGCACUGCCUGUGCUGCCGACGGCAAGCUCGCCGCAUGUCCUGGAGCUGCAGUUCCUCUUUGAUGUCUUCCAGAAGGUGCCCAGAUUCAAGCUGGUCCACAAGCAGGGUGAUGCAAUACAGACGGGCAUCAACAUCUUCGCCUUCAAGUUGCUGAAGUCUCUGGAGCUCAAAGGCGUCCCCGUGCACUGCCUGGAGGGGCUACAGGGUAUUCACACGCAGCUGGAGAGCCUCACCUGCUGGAAGUGCGUCGACACGAUGGAGGAGGUGCUGUCGCAGUGUGGGGGAGACCUCGCUACGGCCUUCCCAUGGCCCGAACUUCACACUCUCAAUUUCAGCCACAACUUCAUCUCAUGUCUCGACGACUCGCUGAACUGGCUCCCAGUGCUGCGCUGUUUGGAUCUGAGUCACAACAAAUUACAGGACGCCGGCCUCUACCUCAAGUCGCUGACUGAGCUGGAGUCACUGAACAUCAGCUACAACUUCUUGCAGAGCUUUCCUGCACUCAGCCCGUCGUGCCGCAGCCGCCUCACCGUGCUGCUGCUAAGCAACAACGAGCUCGACUCCAUCGACGGUGUGCAGAUGCUGGAGACCUUGCAGACAUUGGACGUGUCCUACAACCUGCUGAUGGAGCACUCGCAGCUUUCCCCACUCUCACAGCUACCGCACCUUCAGAAGCUGUAUGUACAAGGGAACCCGCUGUUCUUCCGCAAGGGCCACCGUGUAGAGACAGUGAGACACCUGUCUCCAAAGUCGGCCACCUUGCCACUAAUACUGGAUGGGAAGCCACUAACAAAGUCUGAGUUAAAGAAUCUGCCGACGGUGCGGCCCGCACGUACUGUGCGGCCCUCCUUCAGCGGCGCAUCGUUGGGGCCACGGAACGGAAGAGAACAAGGCUCGUCAGAUAACACGGCCAGCGAGCUGGAGGAGAGUUACCGGCGGGAGCGGCGCAGGAUCGACUCGAAGCGGAGGAUCGCACGCGAGGCGAACAUCUCGGAGCCGAGCGCGUCGGACGCAGAAUUCGACGCGCACAGCUUCACCAGCACGCCAUCACAAGGCUUGCUGCACAAGGAGGAGAUUGAGCAGAUGGAGGACUUCCGCAAGCGCCUAGGCUCCGACUGGCUGCGCUACAAGCACCACCUGGAGCAUGCAACCGAUUCUGGUGGCGACAGCGAAGGGCUUAACACUCAGCGGCAGCAACAGGGGCAGCAGCAGGAGCCUGACGCAUCAGUGGCUGAUGGCAUUCCCUCCCAGCAGACACCCGUCGCUGAAGACUUGGAGAGCAGCAUCAGCAUAUUUGCCGGGUACUGCAGUGCGGAUGAAGUCACGGAAACGGACGGAGCCGGGGAGGAGGAGGUUUUCGUCACGGGAAGGCAGGCGAGCGAUGAGAUUGACGGUACCACCACGGCUGGCACUACCACCACUGCUUCCCGUUUGGACUCGACGUCCUCCCGCGGCACCCUAAAGCAGGAGAAGAUCUCCUGGCGACUCGGGAUGGACGAGGAUGAGGAAAAGGGGGAGAAGGAGGGGAAGGAGGAGGAAGAGGAGAGGGAAGAUGUUUUUGACGAGGAUGAGAAAUACGGAGAGACCCUGAGCGCGCCGUGCCUGGCAAGCGUGUGCACGGACGCGGAGGAGCGCACCGUGUUUGUGACGGUGCGGCGCGUGGCACUCGUGGAGCAGGAGACGAGCCGUGCAAAGACCACCGCCACAUUCGAGCUCGCCUCGCUGCUCUCGGCAAAGGCCACGGCACGGCCCUACUGCCGGCAGGGGGUGGAAGAGUUGGUUCCAGCCCUAGAGCUGCACUUCAGCUACAUCUGGGCCGACCGGAAGCAACGCACGUACCUCAUCCUAGAGGAGGACCCGAAGCUCGUCCUGCAGACCCUGCUGUCCGUGCUGGCACCCGUGGCUCAGGAAAACCAGCGUGCCCUCCGCCAGAAGGAUUCCGCCUUCCAGUGCCUCAAGUGCAGCCAGUCGUUCACUGGGCCCACCCGGAACAUGCCACCGCCCCCCGGGGCCCUCGCUCGCCAUGCCUCCUUUGGCCGCACAGCCUUCGACAGAGGAAACGAGGAGGAGGAACGCGAGGGGUCCCUGCUGGCGUGCCCGUCGUGUUCCAGCGAUCUGGUCGUGCUCGUGUCCGACACCGAUGGAACGGAUGGCAUGCCUCGCCGUUCCAGCACACCGCUCGCGUCCUCGCAUGGCUCCAGUGGCGUCUGGGCCGGCUUAGCCGGCGCCGACGUGUACCGCACCGUCUACGUGGAUAACGGCACGCCAUGCAACGCCUUGGACAGCGGUGUCGUUAUUAAUGGUGUCCCACCGAGCCCCACGGUGGCGGGGGGAAGCGACAGCGGCCGGGUACGCGCAGAAUCGUUCUCGCUCUACCGGACGGCUAACGAGUUCCUGUCUGGCUUGAGCUCCGGCGUUUCGAAGACUGAGACAGACGGGGCUUUGAGCAGCUGCGGUAGCAGCAGGCGCAGCAGCAGCGCUGGCGGCGGUGGUGGAGUAGGAGAGAACCCCUUCUACGAAUGCGGAGACAGCCCUGUGCAUGGCGCCAUGCGAAGGUCGUCACUAGAUUCGCACGGCUCUGGGAGUCCUGGGUCCGACGGCUUCUCGGCGAUUGACCACCGACUCAAGCUGCACCUGGAGCUGAAUGUCUUCGAGGACGAGGAGUUCCGCCUGCUCAUUGUGGCGCCAGCGGUGGUGUGGGAUCGUCCAGAAGAGAUUCCCUCCUUCCUCGUCAUAUCGAACCUCAGCCUUUAUGUGCUGGAGCUCAAGGGCGACACCAGUGUGGAGGAUCCUUCGCAGUGGCUGCACGUGCUGGCGACGCGCCGCCUCUCGCAGAUGCAGAGGUUGGAGGUCGGGCUCGGGGCCCAGAGCUUCCGGAUUGAGUUCGACUCGCCCAGAACGGCCAAGACGACGGAACAGCCGGGAGGACCGUCGCCAUCUCCGCCUGAGCCGCCUGGGAUCACCGUGAUGGUGCGCGAUCCAAAGAAAUGCGAGGCGUUCGUGGGACUCCUGAAUGAAAGAAUGGCCGAGGUGCCCUCGUGGCGGGACGGCGGUCUGCCCCGCGCCAUCGCCCGUGCCUCGCUCUCCAGCCAGCACAGCCUCAGGCGGAUCAUGUCCCAGUGGGAGGCGGGCGCAGACGUGCUUCUGGGAGACCAGGCGCCGAGCGGAGGCGUCUACCUGCUGGCGUUUGUCCUACGAGAGGAGCGCGGCACCCCCAAGCCGGCAACUUUGGUGACGACGCGGGACAACCUCUACCUUCUGCAGGAGGACCACCGGCGGGGCAGCACCUGCGAGGCAGAGGAGGGAGGGGGGGCAGGCAGCAGCGCUGACGGCGUCACACGGGACAGGUUCUCCCUGCUGGAGCAGCAGCCGCUGGAGAACCUGGCCAGCGUGCGUCUCUACCGCGCCGCGCCCUGCCACCUGGCGUUGCUCUUCCACGACGAGGACACGCGCGAGGAUCGUGUGUGGCAUCUGCGAGUGGGGGCUGCGGUUUUGGCCGAGGGCUUGCUGAGUGCGCUGCGCAAGCCCUGGGCCCAGCUCUUCUCUGUCGAGCUGCACGUCGUGCAGUGUGAUGACCCACCCGCCAUCACCGUCGGUGCAUCCCCGUGAUGGGGCGCAUGAGCCCAUGCCUCCAAUCAUCGACACCACCAGUACUACUGGCGCCACAGCCAUACAGCCACGGCGCUGUGGGUACACCCAUAGCCACCGUCGCCGCCGCCGCCACCACCAACGCCACUACCACGUUCACCUCUGCUUCGCCGUGGUGCGUCCAGUGCCUGCCGCUGCCAUCAACGUUGCCCAAAAACUGCAUCAGAAAAAUCGACGAGACUGAAGUCUGCGAUUGUUGGAAAUCUGAGCAAGAUCCUGCUCUUAGCGAAGCGGUGGAGCGAGCAGUCGGUUGGAAUUUGCACAAGGAGAGUGACCUUGAAUGAAGGACAUCCACAGUUUGAAGAUCUUUACUUCAGGACAUCCACAGUUUGAAGAUCUUCACUUUUGUCGUUAACGACCACUGGAAUCGUCUAUGGCUUCAUGGUCUAGGCCAGCGGGAAUUUUUAGGAUUUUUUUUCUGAAAGCAGAAUCUAGCGUUUUUUUUGGCAAGUUUGCUCGUUUGCUGGUGUGGCAAGUCUUAAGUAAAAAAUACAAAGGUACAUUCACUAAACUGAAACACAAGGCCUUUUAUUAAAAUAGUGUUGAACUUCCGUGCGUUCCCAUUGGCACCAGUUAUGCUCACAAGCGAUGGAUUUCAGUGUUGCUUCAGAUAAUGCGUCCAUGUUUAGCACUACCAUUCACUUGUCGAGUGCGCACAGAAAACAAUUAAACAAAACUGCUGACACUACAACACUGAUGCUGCUACGUAUGGGCACGGUAUCGCACAUGUGCACAAUGACUGUUACGUUGAUUUUAGUGCACGAUUCUCAACGAAUUUCUGCUUUUCUUUAAGUGACUCAUUUAAGAGAAUGUCACCACAGCUACUCGACCAUAGGCCCUCCAUUUGCACCCACACCAAUGUUGCUUUCCUGUGAUUCAGCCCACACGACUCUGCUGAAUUAUCGUUUUGUAUAUUCGAUUCUGUUAUUUUAUUUUAGUCGGGGAUUGGGAAUGCUGUGCAUCAUCCAGAUUAGAAGCCACACAAGGUCCCGGGCAAGAGAGAGAGGGAGACCUUGCGUCAAGCAUAUGUGGCGUCAAUGACAGUGGCGCCUAAACUUGUGCAACAUAUAAAUCCAGCGCAAGAGCCGUGGCGAUUUGGUCGCAUAGCCAAACGGCAUGGUAGUUUGCUCUGUUGGCAAAUGCGCAACCGCGGUUUGAAAAGGUGGCGGUUGUCGCACAAACUCAGGGAUGCAGCCGCUUUGAGUCGGGGUUUGGCGAGACGCACAAAUAUGACGUGAUUUAAAGCUUUCGUGACUGCAGGGAUUCAUAUUCUUGGUUCUUUCGGUAAAGUCACGUAGAAGGGAAACAAAAUAAUAAAACAAUAAAAUUCUCACCACGUUUCGACUGCAACACAAGCAAUCAUCAUCAGGUGUGAACACCACAGCAAGAAAAUUUUCUUGCUGUGGAAAGAACCGAGAAUAUAAAUAUGACAUUAAUUCAUUUAAAUCUCUGCAGUUUUUCCAAAUGCACUAAAUUGUAAAAAUUAAUAUGCACGCGCAUGCCAGGAAUAAAAUAAAAUAGAAAAAACAAAUCCAUGUGCUCCGACGCAUUAGCUUUAGCAUCAGGAAUGUAUGCGUUUUUUUAAGUUUUUUAUUUUAAGGGGUUUGUUUCACCGUCAUAUCUUGGCCAACAGUUACGAUCCAAUAAAGGACGCUGGCACAACUGGCAUCGGGUGGGUGGAACUCGGAGGCUGAGUGACCAAUCCAUUGCGAAACCCGUUGGACACCUCGAGUAUGGGCAGGAGCCCUCCUAGCAACAGCCACUCGAUCCCGUGGCCCUCACCAGCUCUUUCUUCAAGUUCAAGGCUUUUAGUUUCGGGAUCUGUUCAUCGGCUGCUGUUUGUGAAUACUGUGGAGGUGUUUUGCCAGUGGACCGACGCUGUGUUGCUGCCCACUUACCUUUUAAGUCGCAUUAUUGCAACUUAAAAGGUAAGUGAGGAGGGACGAGCAGCUUUCAGGGCAGAACUUGUCCUGAAAUAGCCACACGUAACCCCUGAUUUAGAUUCCGUUUGGCCGGAAUUGUGACAAGAAUGUUAAUUGCUGGCCAUGAGUGGCUUAAAAGGGCCCUUGGUUUGAGAGUCGCGUCAGUGCCAGACCAAACCCCAGGAUAGUUGCGAGCGAUUGCUGCCUGUGUCAAGUCUCGUCGUGUCUUGAGAGUUGAACAGACGUUAUUCCACAUCUCGCUCGGAUGUAUGAAGUUGGUGGAAUUCAAUGUACAUGACUUAAACCCUCUAAGGCUCAAAGCACCAAGCUAUAGCACCAUAGUAGGAUGGAGAAACAUAUGUUUUACAGUGAAUGCGACAUUUCUCUGCUCCACUCGAGGCCUGGCAAUCUUGUAUCUGUUCAUGAAAGGAUGUGUGUAUGUGAAUGUGUGCAUUAAUAAAGUCAUAACAUUUUGAUAGAA